AUGUCCAAGCAACAAGAUCCUGAGGUGAUAUCGAACUUUCUCGCCGAACAGAGGGAUGAAGCACCAGCCGAACUUCAACAUAUCUUUCUCACAUUCGAGGAUCUGUGGGAACGGAAAUUAUGGCAUCAACUAACAAAUACGCUGUUGGAAUACUUCUCUGAUCCCGCAAGCACUUCCCAAAGAUUACCCAUCUACAACACCUUCAUCAUCAGUUUCGCGGACAAGAUCAACCAGUUGAAACUGGUGAAGUUGGGCCUGAGUGCAUCUGAGCAGAUCAAAGAUGAUACGGAACGCAGUCAAUUCCUUAAGGUCCUUGCAGAUAGAGUCGACAAGCCGGAUUCGGAAGAGGCAUAUGUCUAUACGAUCACCGAACUCGCCAGCGUUUAUCUAAAAUUGGGAGAAGCAUCAAAGGCGAGAGAACAGCUGGACAAAGCUCAAAAGACUUUGGAUCAGUUCGACUUCGUGGAGAAUGUCGUCCACGCCGCCUUCUACCGUGUCAAUGCCGACUAUUUCCAGGCUCAAGGCGAUUACACAUCCUACUACCGAAACUCACUCCUGUACCUCGCUUGCAUAGAAGAGUCGGAGUUGACACCCGAGCAACAGCAACAAAGAGCGUAUGACCUGGCCAUUGCUGCACUUGUGUCAGAUACCAUCUACAAUUUCGGCGAACUGCUGUUGCAUCCAAUCCUUGACGUUCUCAAACCUCCGCACCCGAACGCCUGGCUGCGGGACAUUCUUUUCGCGUUCAACCGAGGAGAUCUGACUGCUUUUGAUCGCAUGUCCGACAACCUCAGCAAGGACCAAAACCUGGAAUCACAUCGGCUGUUCUUGUGGCAGAAGAUCAAUCUAGCGGCAUUGACGGAAUUGGUGUUCAAGCGGCCGCCGCACGAUCGAGCAAUGACUUUCAAAACGAUCAGUCAGGAGACGAAUGUCAAGCCUGACGAGAUUGAACACUUGAUUAUGAAAGCAUUGAGCUUGGGAUUGUUGAGGGGAAAGAUUGAUCAGGUUGCUGGCAUUGCCAAGAUCAACUGGGUGCAGCCCAAAGUUCUGGAGCGAAGUCAGAUUGAGGGCAUGAGGACUCGACUCAAGGAAUGGGACAGCAAUGUCAAUGAGUUGGGUCAUUGGAUAGAAGGCGUCGGUAAAGAUGUGUGGGCGGCAUGA